AUGGAGGCCUCAAUUCCGGUGAUCGACCUGUUGUCGCCAGGUUCCGCGGGUGCCAUCGCCGACGCUUGCGGCAGCCACGGCUUCUUCAAGGCCGUGAACCACGGCAUGGACCUGGGCAUCGUGGAGACGCUCGAGGCCGAGGCGAUGUCCUUUUUCGCGCUGCCCGAGGGUGACAAGUUGAGCAGCUCUGCCGACCUCAGCGAGCCGCUCGGCUACGGCUGCCGCAGCAUCGGCACCAACGGCGACGUGGGCUCGGUGGAGUACCUGCUCGUGUCCACCGUUAAUUCCAACUCAACUAUGCCCAUCGCACUUUGCAACGCGCUGGAUGAGUACAUGAGGAUAGUGCAGGAGGUGGCGGGGAGGGUGCUUGUGCUUAUGGCGGAAGGGCUGGGGAUGGAGGACACGAACGUGUUCAGGGGCAUGGUGCAGAGGAACGGCAGCGACGAGUUGCUACGUGUGAACCACUACCCGCACUCUCUGCGGCUGGAAGCGCCGGGCUCCACAGGGUUCGGCGAGCACACGGACCCUCAGCUCAUGUCGCUGCUGCGCUCCAACUCCGUCUCGGGGCUGCAGAUCGCGCUGCUCGACGGCACCUGGCUCCCCGUCGCGCCCGACGCCGAGUCCGUUUUCAUCAACGUCGGAGACGUCAUGCAGGUACUCACCAACGGUAGGUACAGGAGCGUGAGGCACAGGGUGGUGGCACAGGCCGGAGAAAGCGUCCUGUCAAGGCUCUCCAUGGUGUACUUCGGCGGCCCUGCGCCGACGGAGUGGAUCGUGCCCAUGCCCAAGCUGUUGCGGCCGCUGGACCCAAUCUUUUACAGGGGAUUUUGGUGGGGCGAGUACAAGACGGCCGCGCGCAGGACCAAGCUUGCCGCCUGCAGACUAGAACCCUUCCAGCUCCAGCAGCUCGCCGCCCGAGAAACACCCCAGUCCGCAACAGUCUUGCUACUGAAUACUACUACUGUUACUAUUCCGGAGUAG